AGAUGAAGUUGUAUGCUCGGGAUGAUUGAAUGUUAGCAAAGAUCCUAUUAACGGUGCCAAUCAAUCGAAAUCAACCUUUUGGGGAAGAGUUCACGCAUACUUUGAAGAGAAUAAUGAGAUGGGCACUGUGAGGACAGAGAGCUCGAUUAUGCAUAGGUGGUUGGCAAUUCAGUUGCAAGUUAACAAAUUUUGCUCAUGCUAUGAGGCCAUUCUACGUAGGAAUCAAAGUGGGACAACCAUUGAGGACAAGGUUGUUGCAGCAAAAAAAUACUACAUCGAAUUGGACAAAGACAAUAAAAGUUUUGGUCUGGAGCAUUGUUGGAAUAUAUUGAAGGGGGAAGACAAGUGGAAAGCGAAGAUGAAAGAGCUUGCUGAGCUUGAGAAAGACAAACAAGCCUCCCAAAAAAAGAAGAAGAAUCCCACCAAGGACAAGAGGCCUAGGGGGGAAGAAGAGACUCAAAAUAAUGAACUUGAAGAUGUUGUUGAUGAAGAAAUGGCAGCAAAGAAAAGGCCAGAAGGGAUAAAGAAGGCAAAACAAAACCUUAGACGUGGUGGUGGUGAGGCUUGCAUGGAAGCUUUGGAUAAGAUGAUGGCAAAGAGAGAGGUCUUGGACAAGGAAAAGGAAAAGGCCAAGGAGGAGAGGUUCCUGGCUACACUAGAGCUAGAGAAGAAGAGGGUGGCCAAUGAAGAAAAGAUUGCAGAAGCUAAGCUUCUCAAAGAGGAAAAAGAAAUUAUGUUGGCUGACUUGUCCUCUCUCAACCCUAUGCAGCGCCAAUGGAUUGAGAAGAUGCAAAAGAAGAUCAUGGAGAAGGAGCUUCCUAAUUAAUUUUACUUCGUGUUAUCUUAAGUUUAGUUCUCAUGAUGUGUGUGCUGGAUCAAUUAUGUGUGUGGUAGAUCAAGUUAUCUUAAAUUUAGU